AUGUCUGGGCUAUUUGGAACGACUGCGAGCUCCGCGGCGACUAGUACCGUCGGCGACCUGAAGUCAGACGUGGCCCUCAGCGACCCUCCUACCGAUUCCAUCUCUGCUCUUUCAUUCUCGCCAGCGCCUAAUGGCCCUGAUUUCUUGGCCGUUGCCAGUUGGGACAACAAAGUCCGCAUCUACGAAAUCGCCCAGAAUGGCCAGAGCCAAGGCCGACAUGCAUACGAGCACACACAACCCGUGUUUGACUGUGACUUUGCCAAGGAUGGCACAAAGAUCGUUUCGGCCGGUUCAGAUAAAAACGUCAAGGUGUGUGAUUUGAGUUCUCAGCAAGAUAUCGUCAUUGGUACCCACGAACAACCAGCCCGCACGUGUCGAUUCUUCGAGAGCGGUGCCGCGCCCAUGAUUGUGUCAGGGUCGUGGGACAAAACCGUCAAGUACUGGGACUUGAGGCAACCGGGUCAGGCCGCAGCCACGGUGUCGUGCCAGGAGCGCGUAUACACGAUGGAUGUGAGGGACAAUCUGUGCGUUGUCGGCACAGCUGACAGAUACAUCAAUGUAAUCGAUCUGAGGAACCCUUCCAAGUUCUACAAGACGAUGCAGAGCCCACUCAAGUGGCAGACACGAGUUGUCAGCUGUUUCACCGACUCGGCCGGCUUCGCCAUUGGCAGCAUCGAGGGUCGGUGUGCCAUUCAAUACGUCGAGGACAAGGACUCAAGUUCAAACUUCUCCUUCAAAUGCCACCGAGAUCCGGCGGUAAACAACGUCGUCAACGUCCACGCUGUCAAUGACAUUUCGUUCCACCCCGUCCAUGGCACCUUUAGCACGGCUGGAUCGGACGGCACGUUCCACUUCUGGGACAAGGACGCCAAGCACCGUCUCAAGGGAUACCCUAAUGUGGGAGGCAGCAUCACGGCAACGACGUUUAACAAGACGGGUAGCAUCUUUGCCUAUGCCGUUAGUUACGACUGGAGCAAGGGCUACCAGCAUAACACGCAGAACUAUCCGAUCAAGGUUAUGCUGCACCCGGUAACGGGUGACGAAUGCAAGCCAAGGACGACACUGAAGAAGCGGUAG